CUCCCACUCCAGGCCAGCACGCACGACAGCAUCCCAAAUCCCAACUCGCGGCCUCGCCGUCGCUCCGGUCCUCGCCGGCCGGCAUCCCACUCCCAGCCAGAUCCGACCCCCCGACGCGUCCCGCCAUUGUCUCCGUCCCCGGCCUUUUCCCCGGCAGGGAAUGGUGCACUGUGGCCCGCGGUAGGCAGACACGAGCGCGACUGCGGGGGCAAGAAGCGGCGGCGGCGGCGAGAUGGCCGGCGCGGAGAGGGAGAGGAGAAAGCUUCCGCCUGCGCUGCCCCUGGCCACGCUGAUCGGGCGCGAGCUCCGCGCGGGGGGCUCCGAGCGCCCGGCGCUGCGCUACGGCCACGCCGGCUUCGCCAAGCGCGGGGAGGACUACUUCCUCGUCAAGCCCGACUGCCUCCGCGUCCCCGGCGACCCCUCCACCGCCUUCUCCGUCUUCGCCGUGUUCGACGGCCACAACGGGGUGUCGGCGGCGGUGUUCAGCAAGGAGCACCUGCUGGAGCACGUGAUGAGCGCGCUCCCGCCGGACAUCGGCGGCCGCGAGGAAUGGCUGCAGGCGCUGCCCCGCGCGCUCGUCGCCGGCUUCGUCAAGGCCGACAUCGACUUCCAGCGCAAGGGGGAGGUGUCGGGGACGACGGCUACGCUCGUGGUCGUCGACGGGUUCACGGUCACCGUGGCCUCGGUCGGGGAUUCCCGGUGCAUCCUGGACACGCAGGGCGGCGAGCUGCAGCUUCUAACCGUCGACCACAGGCUGGAGGAGAACGUCGAGGAGAGGGAGCGUGUCACGGCGAGCGGUGGGGAGGUCGGCCGUCUGAAUCUCUUCGGCGGGCAGGAGGUUGGCCCUCUCCGUUGUUGGCCAGGUGGUUUGUGCCUCUCAAGAUCCAUUGGAGACAUGGAUGUUGGGGAGUACAUUGUGCCGGUUCCACAUGUCAAGCAAGUGAAGCUCUCAAGUGUCGGAGGAAGGCUGAUAAUGGCGUCUGAUGGCAUAUGGGAUGCACUAUCCAAUGAGGCAGCAGCACAGUCAUGCCGAGGAUUGCCUGCAGAACUCGCUGCGAAGCUUGUGGUUAAGCAAGCUCUGAAAAAAUGCGGGCUGAAAGAUGAUACCACCUGUGUGGUGGUUGACAUCAUCCCAUCCGAUCAUCGUUUGACGUCGCCACAGUUAUCCCCAAAGAGAAAUCAGAACAAGCUCAAGUCUCUUCUUUUUCGUAGAAGGUCACACAGUUCAGUUGGAAAGUUUGGAGGCAAGUCCGCCUCUAUUGGUUCUGUGGAGGAGCUAUUUGAAGAAGGCUCUGCAAUGUUGGAAGAAAGGUUGGGUAGGAAUCUGUCCUUAAAAGCAGCUUCACCGCCUUCUCGCUGUGCAAUCUGCCAAGUGGACCAAGAACCAUUUGAAGGCUUGAUGGAGGAGAAUGGAGGCAGCCACUGUUCUUCUCCAUACGCGCCUUGGGGAGGCCCUUAUCUCUGCCUGGAGUGUCGGAAAAAGAAAGACGCAAUGGAGGGCAAAAGACCAAGCUGCUCGACGGCAUGUAGGUGAAAAGGAAGCAUGACUUGUGUCAAAAGGAUGCGUCCUUCUCAGUGUAAAAACUAAAAAGAUGGAGAUAAGUUUGUUGGUGAUUCAAUUAUUAUUGUUUGCUGAACCUAACUAGAUUCUCAGCCCGGUAUAAAUUGUAUUUGGCUGCUAACCGGUUUGUUGCCUAUGAAAAAUCCUGAUAUUGGAAAUUUUUUAAUAUAUUUUUGAGGAAA